AUGGCGAUGAUGCUGUGGCCUCUGGUUGUACUCAUUUCGGUCGGUGUAGCCUUCCAGGCUGAGGUGAUCGCGCGGCAGUCUCGCGGCUUCACGAACAAUGUUGUUACUGGUGGCCAUGGACAAUCGUUUGGCCAUGAUAUAGGCAUUGCGCAGUGGCGAUUGUCAUCUAUAGAUCUGAGGAAGAGUUUAGCAUUCUGCGGCAUCCGAAUCUCCCUGCUCACCGAGUCAGGAUCAAGAAAAGCACAUUCUGUGAUCCGACUUGUGUACACGGGAUAUCUGGAUGUUGAUUCUGGUGCUAAGCAUCUGUUCUUCUAUUUCUUCGAGAGCAGAAGGGACCCAGCCAAAGAUGAUGUUAUGAUGUGGAUCAACGGAGGCCCUGGCUGUUCGUCAUCCAUGGGCCUACUCAUGGAGCUAGGACCGUGUAGUAUCGACAAGGAAGACAAAUCUCCCAAUGGCAGUGUUUGGAACCCGUACUCGUGGAACGCGGAGGCAGACAUCUUCUUUCUCGACCAACGGUUGGCGUCGGCUUUUCUUAUGCGGAUUAUGGAGAAACUGUCGAGACCACAGAAGACGCUGCCAAGAACAUUUACGCAUUCCUCUCGAUCUUUUUUGAGAUAUUUCCUCAAUUCACUGGCCGCCCCCUCCACCUCGCAGGAGAAUCCUAUGGGUCGCUACUUGCCAGCAUUCGCAAGCUACAUAUUCGACCGUAAUACUAUCGCAAAAUCAGAAGGCAGAGAGAUUCUCAACCUCACGAGCGUCCUGAUUGGAAAUGGGAUCACGGACAUAUCGACGCUCUAUUUCGGACGCUACGAGAUAGAAUGCGGCACGGCUGCCUUGCAAGUGCCUUUCCAGGAUAUUAGCACCUGGCCGAACGCUCAAUUCGUUGCAGGCCGAAACGUCUACGACAUCUCGAAGGUACAUGUGUUCCUUGACUUCCGAGAGCUACAUGAUAUGACACGCCUUUCGUCUACGUCCCGAAAGAUGUGUGAGGGCGACAGCCUGUGCUACAAAGAAAACACCGUGAUAAAGAAUUACCUUGACCGACCAUCCACUCGCAAAAUCUUAGGCGUCACAUCGCCGAACAACUUUUCGGCUUGUAGCCGCGAAGUCGGGACCCACUUCAACCUCCACAUGGACAAGUGGGUCGUCCCGUCGCAGCAUUACGUCGCGAACCUGCUUGAGCGAGGCGUGCGCAUGCUCAUCUAUGCCGGGACGUACGACUGGCAAUGCAAUUGGGUCGCCAAUAAGCUGUGGGUAGACAAGCUCGACUGGCUGGGCAGAGAGGCGUACAAUGCAGAGGAGUGGCGCGACUGGGUCGUCAACGAGAAGAAGGCCGGAGAGACCAAGAAGGCCGGCACGUUGACGUUCGCCACUGUUCCUGGUGCAGGACAUAUGAUGAGUUGUAUCCACGUCCCCCAUGACAAGCCUGCAGAGGCACAGGCAAUGGUGUCGAGCUGGCUGGCAGAGAGGGAGUUUUGA